CAGGGACCAUUACAUAUUUUACAAAUCCUGGUUUGAUUUCGACUAGAUGAAUUAGUCCCCCAAGUAAUCUAUAGCAUCACUUGCCCGCCGCUUGGAAAGUCGUCAUCAAAACUACAGACGGUAGUCGCGCGUCACCACCCUUUUGGGUAAACUAGGCCAUUUGAUCUCAUGAAUGACAAUGAUCUCCUCCAGCCAGAUACAAAGAUAACUAUCGACUACCCUAUAAAACUGGGAUCAAGCUCUUUUUGAACCAACCAACCAAUCACUUUAGUCAUGGAAGAAUUUCUCUGGUUAUUCAAGAGCGUAGCGUUCUUUUUCAUUAUGUUUGUGUGCAAGUUCAUCACACAAAAGUAUGGGGCAAGUAACCCUACAGAAGUCCUCCCACCGAGCCCACCUUCAAUCCCUAUCAUAGGCCAUCUCCACUUGCUCAGAAACAAGAAAGAACCUCUUCACCGGACUUUCCAUAAACUCUCUCAAAAAUACGGCCCCGUUCUGUUUCUCCGGUUGGGGUUUCGUAACCUGCUCGUAGUCUCCUCACCGUCUGCGGUCGAAGAAUGCUUCACUAAGAACGACGUCGUCUUUGCAAACCGUCCGCGUUCUCUUGCCGGAAAGCACCUGAAUUACAACUACAAGUCGCUGAUAUGGGCUCCUUAUGGUGAUUAUUGGCGCACCCUGCGACGCCUCACCACCUUGGAGCUCUUCUCCACAAAGCAGCUCAGCAUGCUCAUUGAAUUCCGGAAGGAGGAGGUUCGUGUUUUGCUGAAGGAGCUGGUUAAAGACUUCGGUACCAGCGGUUGGGCGAAGGUGGAGUUGAGACACAGACUCAAGAAGUUGAGUUUCAACGUCCUGAUGCAGAUGAUAGCGGGGAAGAGGUAUUAUAGUGAAGAAGAGGCGGACCAGGAAGCGAAGCGGUUUAGGGAGUUGAUGAAGGAAUUGUUGCAGAUUCAUGGGUUCUCAAAUCUUAAUGAUUUUUUCCCGGUUCUUCAGUUGGUGGAUUUUCAAGGGGUGGAGAAGAGGAUGAUGGAGUUGAUGAAGAAGAUGGAUGGAUUUUUUCAAAGCUUGAUCGACGAGCAAAGGAGGAUGGGGAGUGAUGGGCUUUGUAUUGAGGGAAAGCCUACGUUGAUCAAUAUAAUGCUCUCUUUGCAACAGCAAGAUCCUGAGUUCUAUACUGACGAAACCAUGAAAGGUGUUAUAACUACAAUACUACGUGCCGGGACUGAAUCAGCAUCAACGGCCGUGGAAUGGACAAUGUCACUUCUUCUCAACCAUCCAAAUGAAAUGGAAAAGGCUCGAGCUGAAAUCGAAGCUAAUGUUGGACAAGACCGACUAUUGGAUGAAGCAGAUUUGCCGAAACUAGAAUACCUACAGAAAAUAUACACAGAGUCCAUAAGGUUAUUUCCACCUGCUCCACUUCUUGUGCCACACGAGUCAUCCGAGGCAUGCACGAUCAGUGGUUUCCAUGUACCUCGUGGCACGCAGCUAUUGGUCAACGCUUGGAGCAUUCAUAGAGAUCCAGACCUGUGGGAGAAUCCAACAAAAUUUAUGCCGGAGCGAUUUGAAAGCGGAAUGAGUAGUACUGAAGGAUUUAAGAUGAUUCCUUUUGGCGUUGGGAGACGAGCUUGUUCUGGAGCUCCCCUAGGAAAAAGACUAAUGGGGAUGGUAUUGGGAGCCUUGAUUCAAUGCUUUGAAUGGGAGAAGAUAAAAGGGGAAGAGAUUGACAUGGCAGAAGGAUUAUUUCAGUCCAUGUCAAAAGCUGAGCCCUUCAAGGCCCUCUGCAAACCACGCCAUGAUGCGCAAAUCUGGUGUUGAUCUAACAUAUACGAGUCUCCUAUUUGAAUUACAUCUCAAAAAUAAUAAUUGUAAUAUGGGCAUCGUUCUAUUAGCUGGCUAAAACAUAAUAACACAUGAAGCUGCUAGAGACUUCACCUUUUAUGCUGCCUCAAUUGAUAGAUAUAGCAUGACAAUAUGACAUGUUCAAGUCAAUGAAACAACCGCAAUAAGUUCGUUUGAAUCUU